UAACUUUGAAAAACUCCAAGCCAACACUGCUGAAGAGUUGGUGCUCAACAUUUCGUUCAGUGUGACUCCAACUGCUUUGCCGAGAGUGUCUGUAUCGCCUUUGCUUGGGCGUGCGUUGAAUCUGUACGGGAGUGACGACGGUGUGGCGCCAUUCGGAGCCAUCACUAGUUCCGCCAACCUCUGCAAAGCCUCAUAUUUAAUUGUGAACUUCAAUUGCGUCACAUAGUAAAGUGAUUUCAGUGAUUUGUGAUUUUCGUGGGCACACCAAAUCAAUUGGGGAGUGUGGCUUAGAGUGGAAAAAGUAAUUUACUCCAUCCAGAUUAAAAUUGCUACUGCAAGUGUGUGUCUGUGUAAUAUAAAGUAUUAUUAGCAGUUGUCUAAUAUCUCAGAAACAUAAAUAUUUAUAUGGAGUGCAAGUGGUUUCGGCACGAGAGAAGAUCUUAAUCUUUUAACACUUUUGUAUACAAGAAAGGUGCGUGGAUGUUCUGUUAGAACGAAGAUUCCCACUGAGCUACCUGCAAUCUAAUCAGUGACCAAAAGUAGAGCGCAUCGAUUGAUAAAGCCAGAGCUUGCGACAUUGCCAAAGGGAGAGGUAGUGGAUAGGUGAAGAUGUCGGAAUACUUUGAGUUCCAAUGGGACAUGCGUUCCAAAAUCAGUGACGUGCGAAUGGGCACCAAGAAGUACUACAAUGUGUGCAAUGAGCCCACCGAAUGGAAUCAGGCCCUCUUUCGCAUCAAAGAACUAAUUGGCGCCAGUAUGGACUAUGCUCUUAAGGAUAAAUCCUGCUAUCAUGACAACGACUUUCUCCUGCGGUUCCUCUUUGCGCGCAAAUUCGACGUGGACGAAGCAUUUAGACUCAUCGUACGCUACUUUGCCUACCUACAGAAGAAUCAUGCUAUUUUCCAAAGAUUGUCCGUCUUCGAUGAGAGUGUUCAGUUAGCCCUUCGGGAUGGCUUCCCUGGCGUACUUCCAGAACGUGAUCGACGUGGCCGGAAAGUCCUGGUAUUCUUUACGGCCAAUUGGGAUCCAGCCCUAUAUUCUCUGCUCACUGUCUACCGAGCCAUGUUGCUCUCACUGGAGAAAUUGCUCGAAGACAAACAGAAUCAGGCUAAUGGAUUUGUUGCCAUCGUUGAUUGGAGUAACCUCACACUUCAGAAGUCUUCCCACCUCAAUCCAAAGAUACUCAAGCUCAUGAUCGAGGGUCUGCAGGACUGUUUCCCAGUUCAGUUCAAAGCCAUCCACUUCAUCGGUCAGACGUGGUAUUUAGAGGCAGCAAUGGCUGUGAUCCGACAGUUCCUGAAAGAGAAGACUCGUUCGCGAAUUAAACUGCACAGCAAUUUAUCAACGCUGCACGAGUGCAUCGCUCGGGAUGUUCUACCCACAGAACUGGGCGGCGAAGGUCCUCCCUUCAAUCCUCUCGAAUGGUAUCAUUCACUUCUCGAAUCCACCCAGGAGAGCACCAAUGUCUCUGCCCAAGCCAGGCCCUACUAUAUCACUCAGGUCACCGUCUACUCAACCCCACCAUCAAGUUGCAUCAAGAAUGGCAAUACGGCCAGCAAAAAGGGUUCUGGGGAUCCUGCCCGCAACUCGCUCUUGAGCCUCGAUGACGAUAUCUGAGAAUGCUUCCACGCUCAAACAAACAAAAAUUGACUGAACUUGUGAAAAUAUCUUUUAUAUAUCGUAUUUUUUUUGUAUUUUAUAAUGUUCCUGCUCCAAAUCUCACGCUACGACAUUCAAAAAUUCUUCCACAGUGUACUUUUUGAGUAGCUUUUUAAACCGUCCAGUGACAAAAAAUUUUUACUAAAAAAAAAUUGUAUCUUGCAUCAGAAAUAAACGAUUGGUAGUGAUUUUAUACAA